GCCCGGCCGCGGGGGCAUGCCGACGCAGCGGGACGGCAGCGGCGCAAUGUCCUACGCGGGGCCCGCCGGCGGCGGCGGCCUCGGCGGCGACAGCGCCCACCAGGUCCGCGUGAAAGCCUACUACAAGGGGGACAUCAUGAUAACGUAUUUUGAGCCUUCCAUCUCAUUUGAGGGACUGUGCAACGAAGUUCGAGACAUGUGCUCCUUUGACAACGAACAGCUUUUCACCAUGAAAUGGAUUGAUGAGGAAGGAGAUCCAUGUACAGUUUCCUCUCAGCUGGAGCUAGAAGAAGCCUUUAGGUUAUAUGAACUAAACAAGGAUUCAGAGCUGCUAAUUCAUGUAUUUCCUUGUGUACCAGAACGGCCUGGCAUGCCUUGUCCAGGAGAAGAUAAAUCCAUUUAUCGCCGAGGCGCCCGCCGGUGGCGAAAGCUGUAUUGUGCAAAUGGUCACACUUUCCAGGCCAAACGGUUUAACAGGCGAGCUCACUGUGCUAUCUGCACUGACCGAAUAUGGGGCCUGGGUCGCCAGGGAUAUAAAUGCAUCAAUUGUAAACUCCUUGUUCACAAGAAGUGUCACAAGCUUGUCAGUAUUGAAUGUGGCCGCCAUACACUACAACCAGAACCAGUAAUGCCUAUGGAUCCAUCAUCAGUGCAUCCAGAUAAUGUAGAAUCAGUGAUCCCAUAUAAUCCUUCAAGUCAUGAGAGCUUGGACCAUGUUGGUGAAGAAAAAGAGGCAAUGAGCAUUAGAGAAAGUGGCAAAGCUUCUUCCAGUCUGGGUCUUCAGGAUUUCGAUUUGCUUCGAGUUAUAGGAAGAGGCAGUUAUGCUAAAGUACUGCUUGUUCGAUUGAAGAAAACUGAACGCAUUUAUGCAAUGAAAGUGGUGAAAAAAGAACUUGUCAAUGAUGAUGAGGAUAUCGAUUGGGUUCAGACAGAGAAACAUGUCUUUGAACAGGCUUCAAAUCAUCCUUUUCUUGUUGGACUACACUCUUGCUUCCAGACAGAAAGCAGGCUGUUCUUUGUUAUAGAGUAUGUAAAUGGAGGAGAUCUAAUGUUUCAUAUGCAGAGGCAGAGAAAACUGCCAGAGGAGCAUGCCAGGUUUUAUUCUGCUGAAAUCAGUCUAGCAUUGAACUAUUUACAUGAACGAGGGAUAAUCUACAGAGAUUUAAAACUGGAUAAUGUGCUACUAGAUUCUGAGGGGCAUAUUAAACUCACAGAUUAUGGCAUGUGCAAGGAAGGGCUGAGGCCUGGAGACACAACCAGCACAUUCUGUGGGACUCCAAACUACAUUGCUCCUGAAAUUCUCCGGGGAGAGGAUUAUGGGUUCAGUGUAGACUGGUGGGCGCUAGGUGUACUUAUGUUUGAAAUGAUGGCAGGCAGGUCACCGUUUGAUAUCGUUGGAAGUUCUGACAAUCCUGAUCAGAACACAGAAGACUAUCUUUUUCAAGUAAUUUUGGAAAAACAGAUCCGAAUUCCGCGAUCCCUUUCUGUGAAAGCAGCAGGUGUUCUAAAGAGUUUCCUUAAUAAGGAUCCAAAGGAACGUUUAGGCUGCCAUCCUCAGACAGGAUUUGCAGAUAUUCAGGGACAUCCGUUUUUUCGCAACGUUGAUUGGGAUUUGAUGGAGCAAAAGCAAGUUGUUCCUCCGUUUAAACCAAAUAUAUCUGGAGAAUUUGGUCUGGAUAACUUUGAUUCCCAAUUCACCAAUGAACCUGUGCAACUCACUCCAGAUGAUGAUGAUAUUGUGAAGAAGAUUGACCAGUCUGAAUUUGAAGGCUUUGAAUAUAUAAAUCCUCUGUUGAUGUCAGCUGAGGAAUGUGUCUGAAUUCUCCCUUUCUGGACUGUGCCAAUUGUUACUGUUUGUUUCUGCAUUGGUAAACAUCUCUUCAUUUGAUGCAUAUGCAUAAAAUGAAUAACUAAAUAUUUUAUUCUUGCCACCUAAUGUGGAUUACUCACUAUUUUCUUUUUGUAUUAAUUGUCAUCCUGAACAGUUGUUAUGUUGAACCUUGGGCUGCUAGAAAAUGAAAAAUGUAAGUUUUCGAACAGUCUUGCCAAAUUUGAAUUUUAAUAUAGAAGUUGGUCUGUGGGAUUUCUGACUGAACAAGGGGAUCUGGCUGUAUAAUUUGUCAAUACAGCAUUCUGUUAAAGGAAAAUAUUGUUACUGCUUUAAGAACACAAAUUGCAUUAGGGAACAUAAUAAAUAUCCUUAAAGGGCUUCCAUUUUUGCAGCAAGACAAGUAAGACCUCAUGACUUCUGUAGUGUUAAAUCUCUCCUCUCUGAACAUCUGAUUUCUGUGUUCUCCUUAGACUUAGAAGUGAUAGCUAAAUUAUUGCCCUUUAGAUUUAAAUGACAGUAAGGAGAACAUCUUUUUAAACUCCAUUGGUCAAGAAUGACUGUUUUCAUAGUGUAUAUUGAUUCUAUCUGAAAAGGAGAUUAUUAACUCAAUGUUAGAAUGGACGGGUUUUGCUACUAAAUUACACACUCUGAAUUGUAUAUGGCUUUUGACAUAUGAACAGUGAGUGCCUUUCUGAGCCUCUCCCUUUCAGUGAGGGUUGUACAUGAUAUAAAGUGUCAGUUUAAAUAAAUGGAAUUCAACUUUUAAAAAUGAAAAUCUGUAGAGUGUAAUUUAGCAGAAAUUGGCAGCUAAUAUUGAAGAAUGUAGGACCUCAUGCUAUUAUUUAUUGCUUUUACAUUCUCUGUCUUACCUGUAUGGGUAUGGUACAGCUAUGGUCUAGAUAAGGGCACUGUUUCCUAUUGUUAUCUUAUUGCCAUACUGCUGGAAAUGCAUUCCACUUUGCCAGUGGGAAAAGCACAUCUGGAAAAAAAUAGGUGCUGUUCACAAUGACUCCUUUAACUUCUCCCUUUAUACUUAAUAAUUUGUAAUCACAAUCAAAUCUUAAAUGUUGGUAGUAGACUCAAAUUUAGUAAUAAAGCACUUGGAAUAAAUAGAACAAUUCAAAAUAGGAGAUAUGCAUGGAGUGAUUCUUACAUUUCACGAUAGUAAACGGUGUAAUAUACAGCACAGCUAAUUCUUAAUGUUUGAGGAAUAUUUUUGAAUGUCUUAGACUGGAGAAAGGCCACAUAUACCACUUUUGCGGGAGGAGAGAGGGAUUUAAAAGAAAUUGAAGAAAAGUUGUAUUACAUAAGGAAAAAUUAUAAGGUAAGAUAUAUGUUAGUGAAAGUGGAUUUAAUUAUAUGUAAACACAAGUUAGUAAACUUUAGAUAAAGUUUUUAAUAAGAUUCAUGCUUGGUCAAUGUCUUUUCUUGAAAAUAAUUCAGUGGUGCAACUAAACUUAUAGCAUGUAUCUUCCAUUGUAGUUUUUUUUUAAUUACAUGUUAGUUUCAAGACAGCACAUGAAUACACAGUAGUGACAUAGCAUGGUCCUUAAUUCAUACUAAUUCACACUUCCCAUACACAACUCAAAUUAUGUAAAAUACUGGAGUAAAACUUAGCUUUUAAAGAGUAGCUGAUAACUUUAAUACUUUUAGUUCCAGUGAAAUGAACUACUCGCAUGCGGUUCUUAAAUUGUGGUUAAUGCUAAAGUGCUUAGCCUUUGACUUCUACGCCCAGAUGGACUAGUUUAGGCAUCAGGAUUUAACUGAUAUUAAACUCUGAAGUUACUUUAAAAAAAUCCCUCCCUACAGUGGCUUAAUUUCAUAUGGAGUACUAAGUAAAAUGGCUUUAUAGACAGAAGUGCAUUUCUGCUGUUCAUCACAAAAGUGUAAUACACUGUCUUUUGUGCUUAAAGCACAAAUUAAUUUUUUACAGAUGAUGUUACAGAAAACAUACUUUUUCUAUUUAUGUUUCUAACUAUUAAGGAUGUCACUGAGUUAACAGUGAUAGGCAUGUUAAAUGACUGUAAAUCAAUUUUAAAACUUUUUUCAUUUUCUCUAAAGUGCCAUGGUAUUAACAGAUGUAUUUCACUGUUGAACGUAUAGCAACUAUCAUAAAUAUUCAGAAGGGAAACUGUGUGUAAACCAUCAAGUGCAGUAGAUUUUGUCUUUGCAGAAAGUAUCUGCAUCAGAAGCCUGAUGUGUUUAUGUGGAGUAACCUCCUUUUUGUAUGAACUUGGUUAUUAUGGGUGCUCUGCUAGUUAAUAUUGUUGCUACUAUUUUCCUGUUUCACAUGGAACGUGGUCUUAAACAUUGUUGUGUAAUCAUUCUCUUUAUUUGUGCACUUUUUACUUUAAAUAAAACAUUUAUAUUAGG